AUGGCUAACAGACGUGUUUAUUCGGGUAAAAAAGGGUCGAGAAUGAAUAAUAACCGUACUCAAGACAGGCCGAUUGGUAAGCGGAAGCCAAUUAAUCGGUUUUGUACGGAGCGUGAAACUGAGAGUGUUUCGACUUCGGCGAAGAAAUUGCGAAUGGCUGCAAGAGACUAUGAAAUUCAUGUGGAUCAAAGUUUUGGCUAUCGAUUAAUCGAGUUUAUGUCUGUGUUUGCUGCAAUCGCUCAAUUAGUUGUGUGUAAAAAGUGUGGUUCGGAAGUUCGAUUUGCAGAAGCGAGUGUUCGAGGCCUAGGAUUUAAAAUCGCUGUUUCUUGUGAUGGUUGUGUCACUAGUUACAUAAACUCUUGUCCUUUAAUUCGCAACGCAUACGAAAUCAAUCGCCGAUUAACUUUUGCUAUGAGACUAAUUGGAAUUGGAGCAAAUGGUAUAGCAAAGUUUUGUGCGUUCAUGUGUUUGCCAAAUCCGAUAUUCAGAUCAUUCUACAACUCAGUAAUUGAUGCUAUUUCUAUCGCGACCGAAGCUGUGCGUUGUAUGUCGAUGAAAAAAGCAGCUGCUGAAGAAAAACAGUUGUCGGAUCAAGAUGGACAGAAGAACGGAAUAACGGUAUCGGGGGACGGGACCUGGAAGACAAGGGGAUUUUCUUCAUUGUUAGGUGUAACAACCCUCAUCGGCUGGCGCACAGGUAAAGUCGUCGAUCUGCAAGUGAAAUCUAAAUUUUGUAAAGCCUGUGAUGGUAGAAAAGAUCAAGAAGGCACAGCAGAAUUCGAAGAGUGGUAUGAAACUCAUAAAGAUAAAUGUCAACGCAAUCACGAGGGAUCGUCAGGAAAAAUGGAAGUGGACUCUGUCGAAAUGUUCGAGCGCUCUGAAACUUUACACGACACGAAUCGUUCAAAAAAAGAAUGCAUCGAUCACGUACAAAAACGUUUAGGCAGGCAACUACGUCAGUUGGUCAAGAAAACGAGGGGUCUUGGCGGUAAAAGCAAACUAACUGGUAAAUUGAUCGACGAGUUAUCAAUCUAUUACGGGCUGGCUAUUCGACGCAAUACGAAAUCCGUCGAGAACAUGAAGAAAGAAAUCUGGGCUACUUUGCAUCACAAGAUAUCAACGGACUUAAAACCGCAGCACGAGAAGUGUCCGCAAGGCGCAGAUUCGUGGUGUACGUGGCAGAGGGCAAAAGCUUCUGGACAGCUCGCCGACUACCAACACAAACCUGCAAUGAGACAGGAAAUUUUCAAUGCUUUACGGCCAGUAUACGAGGAACUAACGAGGGAUGAUUUGCUGCAACGUUGUCUGGGCGGAUACACCCAAAACAACAACGAGUGUUUCAAUUCGACAUUGUGGUCGAUGGCGCCGAAAACAGUGAACACUGGCAAAAAAAUCGUUGAUAUUGCCGCCGAUUUGGCCACAUGCAAUUUCAACGAUGGCUUGAAGAGUAUAAUGGAAGUCAUGCAGGUCCUCGAACUCAAAAUCGGACCUACUUGCAACGAUUUCUGUCUCGAAGCCAACUCCCGACGUAUCCAACAAGCUGACCGAAAGAUGACCGACGCCGCUCAAGAGGCUCGUAGGGCUAUUUUAUCAACUCGGAAGAGCUUGGACCAGCAGGAUAUCGAUAGAGAAGGCCAACUGUACGGUGCCGGCAUUGCCGAUUAA